GUGGCUGGCUCUCUCUCUCUCUCUCUCUCUCUCUUUUGCUUGUUAUUCUUUCUUCUUUUAGCUUAAUUCUCUUGUGAUAUAUAUAUUUUUUUAUUUAUAACUCAAUAUUCGGUAACUGUUGAUUAGAUUAUAGUGCAGAAGAUGGAGAGCCACACAUGCGCAUACUACUAUGUCACCUCGCCAUCAGGAUCGCCAAUGUCAUCGCCAUCACCGUUGCCAUCAUCGGCAGCACACUCACGCUAUCAAUCAGCUUCUGAUGUUCUCGUCCAAGCUCCCUCCGAUCUCGAAAUCCAAGAGUCCAUGCCUGGUUUAAUUGAAGAAUUUAUGACAUUUGAAAGUGGAGGAAAUCUGCAACUUAGUAGGCAAACAAGUGUGUCGUCUCUGCAACUUAGUAGGCAAACAAGUGCCAAUGAAGAAACCUUUCAUUGGCCAAGAAGGUCCACCAACGAAGCCUUUAAGAGUGUGGUCAGUGCAAUAGCAAGUAACGAAGCGGUGUGGCGUGAAGUACUGAGGAUGAAAGAAGUACAGAAUUUUCUACGGGAGUUCAACCCAGGGAGCUGCCGGAGGACAUCUCCAAGAAGAGAAAUAAUGAGGAGGAAUACAGGAAGAACUCCAACCUGUGGGUGUGGGAUAAACAUAAGCAUAAGCAUAAGACCAAUGCUAUUGAAAAUUGCUGAAGCACUGAGAAAUAAACUUGGAUCAUUUCUUGAAGAGGUUAACUCCUCUUCCUCUAUGUGCACCGAUGACAAUGUAGUUUUUCGCCUCAUCCUCACUGUCACCGCCUUAAUCUUGGAAGUUGCUCUUCGCCGCUUGGAAAGACUUUCACUCUCUUUUAACUCUCCUGGUUCUGUUCCUCCUACUCCUACUCCUGUUCAUGGUGGUGGAGAAGGAGAAAAUUGAACAAUUAAAGUGACAGGUACAAACACAGAAACCGAUCAUGGAAUCGAACACAAAAUGUAUGCAGAUGGACAAGAUUCGACAAAUUUUGUAAAAUCUAAUUCAUUUAUGUUUAUUUUGUAUUCCUUUCUA